AUGUUCUGUCUACGAAGCUGGCUUCCGCUUCUCUUCAUCCCGACGAACGCCUCGCCGCUAUUCAUCAUUUCCUUCGUGGCGCUCACAUAUACCAUCCACCGGCCAUGCAUCUACUGUUCCGCACUCCUCCUAAUACUGUUCGCAUCAUCCUGCCACUGGUCUGAUAGGUGCAUCUUUGAUUUACGCAGCAACUGGUUCGCGCCACGCUAUAGCUCCCAGUCAAGCGGAGAUUACACACCCAUGUCCGGAAAUGCCACUACGGCGGCGCCGCUUCCAGGUGACAGCCUGACGAACUUUGUUUUUGAUUCUUUCAAUUCAACUGCGAAGGUUUUAGCCGGGGCGGCUAUGGAAAGUGCGCAGCAGCGUCUUGGGAUCAAAUCUCAGUCUGAUGAAUGGACUGGCGUGGGGCUGGAGUGGUUGCGCAGCUUGUUAGGACGGCGGGAGUGGACGCUUCCUUGCAUUGAUGUUAAGGUCCAACUAUAG